UAUAUUUCUGCGGUGAAAUUGGUAUCUUUAACAUGGGAGUGAAUGUGGACUUGCUCACUUCUGGUGCCAGCCCCUAGUGGAUGAUGGUGGAACAGCAAUUUUAGCAACUUCCUUGUUGGCUUCGAUUAUAUUGCAGAAUUAUGGGGGCUUGGCUGCUACACUGGGGGCAGGAGAGAUGCCUCUGUGAUGUCAUAAGUGUGACUUCUGAUUUGUAGUAUUUACAGAGUUACGUGACAUAGUCAAACACACAUAAUAAUUUAUCAUUUAUUUUGAACUACAUAUGUGUGAUUCAGGGCAUAAGACAAAGCGGAUGAGAAGUAACUUUUACAAACUCGUUCACUUUAAUUAGAUUGUUUGUUUUUGUUGUCAGGGAACUGAUGAUCUCACCGGAAGGGGAGGAGACUCGGCCCCCUAGUUUUCCCACUUCCUAUUGAUUAUGUAAUGAAAAGUGAUGGUGCAGCACUUUGAUGUGAUCUUACUGAGGUUAUCUACCUAGAGAUUAAAGAGUACAAAGAUUUUUUCUGAGAAAGCCAGUGUUCUGAUCCUUUACUGUAAUGAUAAUGUCUUAAAUCGGUUUUAACAAGCAGGUUAGUCUCAUUUUAGGAAGCUUUUAAAGGGAUGGCAGAAGAGUCGUUUUAUGUCGGUUUUGACUUCCAUCCCUGCUACGAAAUUAAUAAUGCUUCUAGAACGCUGACAAGGUCUCCUUCCAGAGUGUGUGUUUUGGUAUAUAUCUUCCUUGGCUCAUUGUCAGUUGUCACAGUAUGUGGAAACCUUCUAGUAAUAAUCUCUAUCACUUACUUCAAGCAGCUACACACACCUUCUAACUACCUCAUCAUCUCUCUGGCUGUUGCUGAUUUUCUUGUUGGGAUCAUGGUCUUUCCCCUGAGCAUGUCUUUCACUCUCAGCUCAUGUCUUUAUUACAGAGAUUUAUUCUGCAAAAUAAGGGAUAGCAUAGAUGUCAUACUGAGCACAACCUCUAUUUUUAAUUUAUGUUGUAUUUCUGUAGACCGAUACUAUGCAGUGUGUCAGCCUCUGAUGUACAGGACUAAGAUAAACACCCAUGUUGUUGGAGUAAUGAUCCUUAUGAGCUGGGGGGUUUCUGUUCUAGUUGCCAUUGGCUUCAUAACUGCAGAGAUCCACCAAGAGAAGUGUGGAGAAAACUGUUAUUUUGACGUCGUGCUGGAAAAGAUUCUGGCACCUGUUUUUUCAUUUUACCUUCCUGUGAUCAUAAUGUUGUAUAUUUAUCUGAGAAUUUUUCUUGUUGCUCAGAAACAGGCACAGAGCAUUCAGAACACAACAAAGGCUGUUGUAACUGCAAGCAGCAUGGAAUGGAAGGCUGCAAAAACUCUGGCUGUGGUUAUGGGAGCUUUUCUGAUGUGUUGGCUGCCUUUCUUUCUUUGUUUUUCUUUUCAGCUGUUAGGUGGCGUAUCAGUGCCAGUCUAUGAAACACUAAACUGGCUAACUCUGUCCAAUUCAAUGUUCAAUCCAUUCAUAUAUGCUUUCUUCUACAGAUGGUUUAGAUCGGCUUUCAGAAUAAUCAUUUCUGGAAAAAUCUUUCAGGGACAUUUGUCAAACUCCAAACUCCUUUGAUUCUGUUUUAAAUUGG